AUUGGAUAACAACCACGUCGUUUCUUCAAGGGAAAUCCGUAAUGGAAAGACCAGUGGAGCCGAGAUCACGAUGGACCGAGGAAGAAGACCAGAGGCUUAUUGAAUGUAAAAGCAGAAAUCACGAUCAAUCUUGGGAUGAAAUAGCAAAGCUGGCAGGGCUGAACAGGAAAGGUAAGAGUUGUAGGGAGAGGUGGAAGAAUCAUCUGGAUCCUAAUGUCAAGAGAGAGAACUUCUCCCAAGUGGAAGACGACUCCAUCAUCUGCUUCCAGUCGCUCUAUGGGAAUAGCUGGGCAAGUAUAGCAGCUCAUCUUCCUGGGCGAACCGAUAAUGAUGUCAAGAACCGCUGGUACAACCAUUUGAAUGAGAAGAAGCUUGGGAGAAGUACCGGGGAUCAGCCACAUACCACACAACUCUUUCAUCUCAACCACAAUAUUGAUCCAAAUGCAAGCUCAAGCUCAAGCUCGAUUCCUACACUGGUUUCAGCCUCACAAGAAAUCGCCAGCCCUUGGCCCACUUCUGAAUUAGCCUCUCUGGAGAGCGAGUUCAUGUCAACUGAAGAAGUCAUCAGAUAUUUCUCUGAUUGAAUAUAUAUGUACACACUCCCUUUCUGCUAGUCACUACUAGUAGAAAGAGAAUAUGCAUAUAUAUAGAACUUUCUACUAGUCAUUAUGCAUAAGUUCCACAUAUAGAUAUAUAGAAAGACAGGCGUGUGUGUUUGUUCCAUGUUCGUGAAUCCAUCUUAUAAUAAAGCUGUGUUUUGUAUUAUGUUGAAGGGUUAUUAGACGGUUGUCAGACCCAUUAAUGUUAUAAAAG